AUGGAGUCCAGAACAUGGAUUCACUGGUACAAGCAAACUUCUGGAGAUAAUCUGAAAAUAAUUGUAAAGCAUAGAAAAAACAUGGCUCCCAUUGAUCCCCCAGAAUUUAAUUCUUCAAGACUCAGAACAAUAAGUGAUGAUAAAAUAUUUAACCUCACAAUUCUGAAGACAGUUGAACAAGACGAGGGAAUGUAUCACUGUGCUCUUACAGACUGGAUAGAGUUUACUUGGAUGGGGACGUAUUUGAUGGUAAAAGGAAACUCAAAGAAGACAUCCAGCUACACUGUUGUUCAGCAGUCAACAGCCUCAGAGUCGUCCGGUCCAGAAGACUCAGAGACUCUGCAGUGUUCAGUUCUCUCUGAGUCAGAGAACAAUUCAUGUUCAGAAGAUCUAAGCAUGUUCUGGUUCAAAGCUGGAUCCAACAGACCCUAUCCAAAUAUCAUCUACACUGAUACUAAAAGAGCUAAUAACUGUGAGAAAAGUCCAAAUACCCGAAGAAAAUGUACCUAUAACUUCCCCAAGAACAUCAGCUCCUCUGAUCCUGGGACUUACUACUGUGCUGUGGCUACAUGUGGAGAAAUCUUAUUAGGAAAUGUAAUCAGAAAGGAAGGAGACCAUGAAGACUACUCAUGA